CUAACUGAUGACUUGCAGGUAAUGAUAUUCACACAACCCAAUUCGUCCGACCUUGGAAGUUUCCUGCAACCACGUUAUGUAAAUCUUCCACAAUUAGCGGAGAUAUUCGAGAUGGAUGUUUACGGUUUUGAUUAUUCAGGAUACGGUUAUUCCACUGGUGUUAUUUCUGAGAAAAGUAUCUAUGCAGACAUUCGCGCUAUUUAUGACUAUGUACGCAAAACAAGGCCAAAUAAAAAGAUCGUAUUAUUGGGCUACAGUAUCGGUACAACAGCUGUAGUAGAUCUGGCUGCAACGCAUCCCGAAGGUCUUGUUGGCGUGAUUCUGGUAGCGCCGUUCACAAGCGGACUACGAUUACUGGGUAAUCAACCGAAGAGGGAAAAAACACAUUUUCUUGACAAAUUUGUUUCUUGUGACAAGGUGGCUGAAAUAAAAGUGCCUGUUUUAAUUUGCCAUGGAGCACGGGAUACGGUUGUUCCAUCCGAGCAUGGGGUUGAAUUACAUGAAAAAUUGAAAAAGCCGGUGACACCUUUAAUUGUGCAUGGAGCUGACCAUCAGUCAAUCCUCAAUGGUGCCUAUCCACAGACAUUCUGCAGAAUUCAUAGGUAG